GUUGCUGUUUUUGAGAAUCUUCCCUUCGCCUCUCCCCUCUCUCCUCUCUUUCUCAAGUCUAAUCUUCACCGCUCUCUUAUAUAAACAGAAACCAGAUAUAUAUAGAUCUUAAACACCAUUUUUUUUUUUACUUUCCUUUUUGUUCAAUGUUUUUUAGCUUAAAUUCCCACAAUCAUAAUCCAAAGAUCUAGAUUGAACAGAGGAAAAUAGACGAUCGAUCUCGCAUAUACAUAUCGAAACAAUACGACUGUGAGUAAUUUAAUUGGAAAAUGGGUUCAAUUCCGCCUGAACUGAGCUUGGAUUUUCGGCCACCUUCAACGAGAACAGUAACAACCACCACCGUUACAGCUGCUGCAUCAGAAGAACAGAGUUGUUGUUAUGUCCCCAAGACGAUCGACGAGCUGGUUGGACAAGUGUCAAUGAUCGGUAACGUAGCGGAGAAGCUGUUAAAGCUUGAUGAUUAUGUGACGAAACUUGAAGAUGAAAUGAAGAAGAUCGAUGCUUUCAAACGUGAACUCCCUCUUUGUAUGCUCCUCCUCAACGAUGCAAUUAGGACUUUGAAAGAGGAAUCGACGAAGUAUAAGACAAUGGAUGCUGGACCAGUGUUGGAAGAGUUCAUUCCUCUCAAGAAAAAUUGUGAUGAAGAUGAGAAAUCGGAAAUGGUUGUUGAGACCAGCAAAAAAGAUAAGGACUCCAGAGAGAAGAUGAGUUGGAUGAGUUCUGUGCAGCUCUGGAAUAGUGAUAACCCUGCCUCCAAAAGUGAUUUUGACAUUAACGAGGCACAUUCUAGACCAGAAACCAAAAAGAGAGUCGUGGAAGCAGAAAUCCAGGAGGAUUUGUUCGAGUCUUGUAAAAAUGGGAGCGUAGCAAGGGCAUUUGUGCCUUUCCAGGGGUGUUCUAGUCUUCCUGUGAUGAUAACAAGGAAGGAAAAUGAGUAUGAAUUACCAGGAGUAGUACCUGGGCUUUCGCUUCAAACUCCUGGGACUAAGAAACUAAAGGAGGACAUUGGCUCUGGCGGGUUAAAUUCGAGAGUUGGUGGCAGCAGAGCUGUUUCUUGUUCUGUAUCCAGCGUUCAGUCAAAUGUAAGGGCGGCUGUGUCUCAGCAACAGCAGCAAACUUCUAGAAAGCAAAGAAGGUGUUGGUCACCAGAGUUGCAUCGUAGGUUUGUCGAUGCCCUGCAAAAGCUUGGAGGUUGUCAAGCUGCUACGCCUAAGCAGAUUAGAGAGCUUAUGCAAGUCGAUGGUCUCACAAAUGAUGAAGUUAAGAGUCAUUUGCAAAAAUAUCGACUUCACACUCGAAGACUUCCGACCACUACAGGCACGUCUACAAAUCAACCUGUUGUUGUAUUAGGAGCUUUAUGGCUGCCCCAAGACCAGCAUGGUGAAUCAUCAAAGCAGAGCAACUCACAUUCUGGUUCUCCUCAGGGGCCUCUGCAGUUAGGUGGUGCCUCUAGAGGCACAUCAAUGACGGGGGGAGACAGCAUGGAGGAUGAAGAAGAUGAUAAAUCAGAGAGCCACAGUUGGAAAAGUCACAUUCGAACAUCGCAAAGAACUAAUGUAUAGAAGAUGUCCACCCUAAAUUUGCGGAUAGAAACAGAUACUAUAAUGUUUUGCAUACAUAUAAAUUGAUCUUGAAGAGUGGCUGUAAAAUUUUGCAGGAAUAGAUAUCCUUUUUGGCUUUUGAAUUUUUGGGUGUUCGAGUACGAUGUUGAUGUCCAUGUUUUGGUGCAAGGAACUCCGCGUAUACUCCAUUAGUUGAAUUCUGAAGAAACUGAAUCCCUCAGCAGAAUAUGAGUAUUCUAUUAUGGAUUGACAAUUCUUUUUUUUAAUAGUAAUUCCGAUUCCUUCGUCUAUUUUA